AUGUUCAGAGUUGAAUCUGACGAUUAUGUUAUUGGAAACAUAGAUGUGAGCAGCAGAAAAGACGAGCACUCCUCUUUUGGAAAGAGAACGACCAUCGCCACCAUGCAAAAUAACUCGAACGGGCACCACCACAAUGGGCAUGGUUACGGGCAGAAUGGCUAUUUUGUCGACACAAGUCUGAAGCUGUCGGAUAAAAACCACUCAGAAGAUUCGCUAGGUCCAAUUUUCAGGCCACAGAGAAAAAUGGAAGAAGGGGCGAAAAAACACGGAAGAAAAAUUGGGAUUGGAACUUGCUUUUGUCUUUCUUUUUUGUUCAUAACUACAGUUUUAGGUGCUCUUGUUGGGCUUGGGUACUACUUCUUUUGGCCAGAUUAUUCGAUGCUUUUGGAAGCCUCAAAAGCGGAGGAUGGCACGUGGUCAGAUUUUUCCGCGUGGUCAGAAUGCUCAACCACAUGCGGCCCGGGGGAGCAAAAACGCAUCCGUUUUUGCUUGAAUCUAAAAAACGACGGGAAACCCUGCGAUGGGGAGCGGGAAGAAGUGCGCGUUUGCAACGCUAGAAUUGAAUGUCCAGAUUGUGGGAAAAAAUGCGCUUUUGGAUCGCUAAACAAGGACUGUACAAAAUGCACGUGCGAAAAUCAUACAGUGACUGGGAAGGUGUCCGACUCGACAGGACAGCCGAUAAUUGGAGCUUCGAUCAGAAGAACAGAUGUUUUUAUGGACACUCUUGCCAUUUCGAAUUUUCAGGGUGAAUUCAGCAUAACUGGAGUCUGCUCAAAUGGAGACAACAGUUUAACAGCUUCAAAAGUAGGCUUCAAUCCAAGGCCCGCGAAUCCAGUCGAAAUCUCUGUUGGAUCUGCCCGUGUAGAAAUCAGAUUAGAACACGUCUCCUUGCCGCGGAUUCUCAUCAAUCCUCAACCGAAAAUUCGCUUUGUUGGGCAGUCGGCGCGACUCUGUUGUUCAGCUCAAGAUGAUGGGAGUGGAACAUUUCCUCUCCGCGUAAAUUGGUAUUUUAACAAUAAACUGGUUGAAGAAGGAGAAGCUUACAAUCAGACAUCUACGGACCUGAAGCUGAGUGACAUAAGAAAAGAAGAUGCAGGAGAGUACUUCUGCCAAGUGACGAAUAAUGCGGGAGUGAUAAGAACGCAAAAAGUAAAACUUGAAGUGAAGGAAAAAAGUGAAUCCAGUUGUCUUCCGCCAAAAGUGUAUUCCGUCGAAAUUUGCCCAACGACAAGUCUGAAACAAGGGAACUGCGCGACAAGUCAACGAUGCAACCAUCCAGAGCAGCAUCUUUCAAUUGAAUCGGAAAAGUGCGUCGACCAAGUUUCGGAUUAUUGCUGCCAAGUGGGCGCGUCUGAUCAAAUUGAAGUGACCUGUCCUGUUCCGGGCAGUGCGGACUUGACUUAUCUAAUGCCAAUACAAAACUCGACGAGUUGUGCCUGCUUACCUUGUCAAUAA